AUGUCCUACAGCAAUCUUGAAGGCCUCGAUCCAGCGAUUGCUAGGCUGAUAAUUCAGCUUCAACUUGACGACUUGCAAGAAAUCAAAGUGCAGUCUAAAGGCGAAACUCAUGACGGAGAAUUAGCUGAUCCCGAUUUAUCACUGGAGCUUUAUAGCGAUGAGCUCUCUAAGUCAGCCAAUCUACUCAGAGAUACAUUGUUAACAAGGAGCAUCGCAACUGCAAUCCACAGUGAUCAAGAUACCUUACGAGAUUUCCUCAAAGUCGAGCACCAAUCAUACCAGGACCGCCAGCUAGCGCGCCAUCGAGGGGAAACGAAUUUCUACUCCAAAGAGCUGUCUUUCAAAGUCCGUCAUAGUGUGACAUGUAAAUCGCUGCCUUUGUCGUCUAUUAGAUCCCAAAAAUAUCCUCCCUCUGAAGCAUUGGCAUGCGGAAUAUGCUUUAAACAAGUCCGGGCUUUUGAAUUUACGCGUCUUUCAUGCAGCCAUUUAGCGUGCUCCGAAUGUCUUCAAAAGCUGUUCCGGGAAUUCUUAUUUGGUGAUGCACAAUUCCCACCCCAAUGUUGCGCCCAACACAUCAUAUUCGAGCAGAUUGCAAGAUUCCUAACUCCAAACCUUGCUACAUCUUUCCUAAAGCAAAAGGCCCAAUUCGACGCUGAUGAUAGGACGUGCUGCUCUACGCCUUAUUGUUCCAGAGCCAUACCUUCCAAAAACAUUGAAGGCAGACGUGCUACAUGUCCAUACUGCAAUACAGUUACCUGCGCAGUUUGCAAAUCUGAAUCUCAUGAGGGGGAUUGUCCCGACAAUGCCACACUCCCCACGGCCGUCAGCCCGGGUACGAGGAGUAAACGGCUACGAUGCUACCUCUGUAGCAAUUUUGUUGAGUUGGCUCCUGGGCGGGAUCAUAAAACAUCCUUUCGAAUAUCGAAACGAAAACCAGAUUAUGGGAAAGGCGAAUUGGGUAAGUCGUCAACCAAAAUAAGAGAAGUGGCAGGAGCAAAAUGA